GAUAUUCCAGUGGCACCAGCUGAAGUAUUCGAGCUGGUAGAACAGCUGGUGCGCCGUGCAUGCGCGUUACCCCCAGAAGAGAACCCGCUGCAGGUGGGAGGGGGGAAGCUCGAGAUAGCAGAGUACAUCUUCCAGCUGUGCCACUUCAACCCGCCUGACAACAUUACUUUGCCUGCUGGAUACACCCCUCCGCCGCUGGCCAUCACGUCCCUGUACUGGCGCGCGUGGCUGCUCCUCGUAAUGCUGGCGGCGCACAACCCUCAGGGCUUCGCCGAGAGAGCGGCCACCACCUACCCUACGUUACGAGCCUUGAUCGAGACCUGUAUUACGGGCAAGCCAAGCAUCGAGUGGAACGGCAGCACGGCAGCAGAAGCGGAGCGGGCGGAGGCCGAGCGGGCAGCGGUGCUGCAGCUAGAGACGCACCUGGCCACGGCAAGCAACGCCAAGCUGCCCAUCACUGAGCACAGCUCGCGGCUGCUCAGUCAGUUGACAACCCUAGAUCCCUUAGGACCUGCACGAAAACCACCUCAGUCAAUUUUGGAGACUCUCCAACAGUUAAGCUCUCAGAUGCGCCUGGGCAAGCUGCUGUGUAGGCAGCCAGCGCUGUUAUUGGAUCUCGUGGAACGCCACGGGACCAGACGGGCUAUGCCGUGGCUCCAUCAGCUCUUAAGACAUGACCAGUUGGAACUCAGCGUGCUGCCCGUGCAGUGCCUGUGCGAGUUCCUGUCGGCGGGCGGCGCGGGCGGCGCGGGCGCCGAGGCGGGCAAGGCGGGCGAGCUGUGCGCGCACCUGCGGCGCACCGUGGCCGACAGCGCCGACGGCGCGCGCGCCGUGCUGCACUACUACAUGCAGCGCCUGGCGCACGCGCACACGCCCACCCGCGCCAGCGCCAAGAGGGGCUUGAAACUGGUGCUCACCCAAACGUCAGCUGAAGAAACUACGGAAAUGGAUUAUAACGCUGAUGUUAGCCCAGAUGAGUGGCUGGACCUUCUUCUCGAGCUCCAUCACUGGGAGGCAGUGCGCGAAGAAGUUGUAGUCCGCAUCCGAGCCGCGUGUCUCGUCGAGUGCAUACCUCAACAUGUGGCGGCUUACAUCGCGUUUCUCGCUAAAUACGUAGCAACAACGACCGAUGUUGAUCAUACUGAUAUCGUAUUG